AUGCCGAGCGACAAACGAAGGAAAAAGAAAUCGACGGACCGAGGAAAGAACCGAAUUGCAUCGAUCAACAGCAAACAGACGACAAUGGAAUCGGAGAUCAAAAGAAACGUCUCCGAUAUAAAACGACCAAUAAAACGAACCGGAUCUCUCUUUGAAAGGAAAUACGAGAUUGUUAAGGUGAUCGGAAGAGGCGCGUUUGGAGAAACUUACCAGGCCAUUCAACAAAGGAACCGGGAAGCCGUCGCCAUCAAGAUCGUGGACAAGGGAAAAGACGGGAAACGAAGCGUCCUCGAGCAGGAAAUCCUGAGGAAACUCUCCGUGCACACGAAUUUUCCUCGCUUGAUUGCCAGCGGCUCGUCGAAGUUGAGCCACAUGUCGAUCAACUACUUUGUGAUGGAGCUACUCGGCGAAAAUCUCUCGACACUACGAAAAAAGCGCGCGGACAAUCGGUUCAAGCCAGAGACGGUGUUGCGCAUUGGAAUUCAAGGACUUCACGGGCUCGAGACGCUGCACAAAAACGGAUACAUUCACAGGGACGUCAAGCCGCCGAAUAUGUGCAUUGGAUGGAGUGGUGCAAAGGUGCGCAUCGUGCACCUCAUCGACUUUGGACUCGCUCGCAUCAAAAAACUUGACAAAGACGAUUACAAGAGACGAGCAUUUGCGGCUUUCAAGGGCACCGUACGAUACGUCUCUACGAAUGUGCAUGAGCGCCGGGCGCAACAUCCGAUCGACGAUCUCCUCUCACUCUACUACUCACUGUGCGAACUGGCUGAAGGAAAACUGCCUUGGCGGGAUUUUUCGGAUCAGGAUCAGGUAUAUCAAUCGAAACGCCGGCACAAAGGAGACUUAACCAAGCACAUGCCGCAGUCGUUUCUCAACCUCUACAAGAUGAUUGACGGUGAGGACUUCAUCGAUUCACCCGACUACGAGAACAUGAAAGACUUGCUAAAGAAACUGUUGCCGAAAGGAUUCGUGGAGGCAAACACGCCGUAUGAAUGGGAAGAAGUGGACGAACCGAAGGACACGACAGCAGCCACACAAAAAGUAAAUUCGAACAAGAAGGCUGAAAAUCUGAAGAAGGGAGAAACGAAGCAAGUCCUAAGGCUGCCCGACGAAUCGCAAGCUUUGAAACCUCACGGAUCAACGAAGAAUCAGUCGCCAUACCAGAAGAUCCGUGCUGAAAUCGAAAAACGGACGCAGCAAACGAAGACUCCCGAACCAGUGGCCCAAACAUCGAAGGACGAGUACGUGCAAAAAACUUUCACACCGCUAACAAAGCCCAAGUCGACAACUACUGUUGCCGCUACUCAAUUGCCAUCACAAAAUACUCAAACAAUCUCAUCGCCGAUAACGACACCGAACAUUGUUGACGAGAAAACUUUGGCGGCUCUACCUUCAAGCUCCAUUCAAAGUCUUUAUUUCCCGCAAUCAUUUCAAGGAAAGCGCUCAACAAGGCUGAUCGGCUCUCGCAAAUCUCCCGCUGUCAACUACAUCGCCAAAUUAAUCGAACCAACAAUGAUCUUGUACCUCUUGCAUUUACAUGUAAGAAAAGUUGCUGCAAUGAGCAACAACGCGAAGGAAUUCCUUCACACGUGGCUGAGCAAGAAGAAAACGGGUCAAACGCCGAAUUAUAACAUCUCGUCGAUUUGUCGCAAUGGAGUGCAAAGAUUCAAGUGCGAGCUACGCGUUACCGGGCACAGCUACGUCGGUCUUGGAAACUCUCAAAGCAAAAAAGAUGCGGCCACAAAUGCCGCCAUGGAUUUCUGCAACUACAUGGUACGACAAGAACUUAUCCAACAGAAUGAAUUGCCGUCAUUCAGCGCAUCUUCAUUGGAAGCAACGAGUGCUCCGAUUAUGCCCGGUGGAAGCUGUUUCGCGCCUCCAAUACAAUCAAGAAGCGAAAUGGGUUAUGGCGACAAUAUAAGCUCGAAUGGAACACAGAGCAACUUUACGGUGAAUCGCAGUGAACAUGAGAAAUAUGUUCAGCAGAAAGUUGAAGAAGUGGCGAAGUCCGAAUCGGUUGAUUUUCGAGCUGAAUUGCACGGUGGAUGGACAAUGGACAAUAGCAAGCAAGCGAUCAACGAGUUUUUGUCAAAACUGAAGCUCCCGGCCGUUACUUAUAAUCCACGCAAAAUGGAAGGCGGAAAUGCUGGAACAUUCGUUUGCGAGGUUCACGUCCGCUUGCCGCAAUUCAAUAAAACUGUAACCGGUCGUGGACAAGGAUCGACAAAGAAAGUGUGUGAAGCGCAAUGUGCAGUUAAUCUUGUACGCCAACUUUUCCAUAUGAAAUUGAUCAAAGAGUAUUCGGGAGUUCGAGUGAAAAGGACGGCGACUAAUUUGGAACCGAUUAACAUCCCAGAAGAUAGAGCACUUUUUGAGCGAGUGCUUCAUUACGUAAAUCGACGUGGACUGCAGCCUGUUGUGCCAGAUCAGUCGGCAACUUCCGAAUUGCCGCAAAAUCUUUUGAUUGAUGUUAAACUAACGGCAUUUCCCGACUCGGAAGCAUUUCCAGGUGGUAGUAUUUCAUGGGCACCAGCACAACAAAAUUGGAAUCCCUGGAGAGCGUGCAACAUCGAUACGCCCCCGCUUGCUUUUCAAUCAUUAGCCGAUAUUAGCAACGGGCUUGCGGAAGAAGAACAAAACAAACAUCUUGAUCCCGAUGUUCAGCAGAAACGAUAUGAGUUGCCCGUCCACAAGUACAGACAACAACUUCUCCAAACAAUUGAGCACAAUCAAGUAACGCUCAUAAAAGGAGAGACUGGAUGCGGUAAAUCGACUCAAGUCGCUCAAUAUCUACUGGAACACUAUAUUCAACAAGGCAGAGGAGCUGAGUUUGCAGCUUUUGUGUCGCAACCAAGACGGAUCUCUGCUAUUUCACUUGCAGAACGAGUUGCGGUCGAGCGUGGCGAAGAUUUGGGAUACUCUGUCGGUUAUAGUGUGAGAUUUGACGGUAUAAGUCCUCGACCAUAUGGCGCUCUGAUGUUCUGCACAGUUGGAGUUUUAUUGCGAAAAAUGGAAAGUGGUCUACGUGGGAUCAGUCAUGUUUUCAUCGACGAGAUUCACGAAAGAGAUAUUAAUACGGACUUCAUACUGAUUGUGCUUCGCGAAAUGUCAAGAGAAUAUAAAGAUCUACGCAUUAUUUUAAUGUCGGCUACAAUUGAUACGAAGAUGUUUCAAUCUUACUUCGGUGGUUGUCCAAUAGUUGAAAUGGAAGGACGAACAUUUCCUGUUCAACAAUUUUUCAUCGAAGAUAUCUUACGCAACUUGCAAUUCAUGCCCGAAAAGCGCUCAAAGUUUAACGAUGAUGAAAUGGAAAUCGAAGAAACAGACGAAUCUGAUACUAAGGCGCGCAACCUAUUGAUGGAUCUACCACCUGACACGUCCCCGAUGGUUCGAGAAGCAAUGCGUAAUUUGAAUGAACGCGAGAUACCAUUUGAUGUCAUUGAGGCCAUUCUCAAAGACAUUGACCUACGAGGAGUAGAUGGAUCUAUUUUGAUUUUCUUACCUGGUUGGAAUGAAAUUCAAGCAUUGAUGCAGCAUUUGAUGAAGAACUCGACAUUUGGAAAUACGAAUGCGUACGUAAUCUUGCCAUUACAUUCACAAUUAUCGUCUAUGGAACAGCGCAAAGUCUUUGGGCACUAUGGAUCAAAAAGAAAGAUUAUAAUCUCUACGAAUAUUGCGGAGACAAGUGUAACUAUUGAUGAUGUCGUUUUUGUCAUAGACUCCUGCAAAGUCCGAGAAAAAAUGUACACUUCUCACAACAACAUGGUUCACUUUGCAACCGUUUGGGCUUCAAAGACUAAUUUGGCGCAGAGGCGAGGACGAGCUGGACGAGUGCGAGAAGGAUUUGCAUUUUCUUUGUGUAGCAAGGCACGAUAUCAAGCAUUGGAAGAGCACCGAAUGGCCGAAUUGUUGCGAACGCCCUUGCAUGAGAUUGCUUUGACGAUAAAGUUAUUAAACCUUGGAUCUAUUGGCGAUUUCUUGGCCAAAGCAAUCGAGCCGCCACCCGUGGAUACGGUGAUUGAAGCAGAAGUUAUUUUACGAGAACUGUCGGCUCUCGAUAGGAAGAGCGAAUUGACGGAUCUGGGACGAAUCAUUGCUCGACUACCAAUCGAACCAGUGCUGGGUCGAACUAUUGUUCUUGGAUGUGCUAUGGGUGUUGGAGCAGCACUUUGUGACGUAGCAGCUGCAUCCUCAUUUUCGGCUCCCUGGGUUUUUGCCAUAAAGGAGCAUAGUCGAUUGAAUCAUCGACAAAAGUCGUUGGCUGGACGUUACUGGUCAGAUCAUGUUUGCAUGAUAGGGCUACAUCAAGCUUAUCGAGAGGCUGUAAAUGACGGUGGCGUCCAGGGUGAACAAAAUUUUUGUGAUCGGUACUCGGUCAGCCCUGCCAUUUUGAAAAUGUGCAGUGGAGCCAAGCAACAAAUGGUGGAUAUUUUGAUCAACCAAUGCGGUUACCCAGAAGAUGUGAUGUACGAUCAACACAUAGACGCAAACUCUGACGAUCUAAAUCUGGACUUGGUAUUGUCUCUCCUAGUACAAGCGUUGUUUAUACUCUUGAACAAGCUGACGGCUCUUCUCUCGAAGGGCUCAGUAAUUUCUCCAUGGAAAGGGGAAGAGGUGCAACCACCAUCGCCAUUGUUGAUCUUCACCGAAAAAGUUCGUACAAAAGUGAUAGCCUGUAAAGAAAUCUCGGCUGUUUCUGGAAUACAACUCUUACUUUUUGGAACACGUAAAGUGGAAUGCAUUGGAUCAGAUAUUGUUCGAUUAGACGAAAUGAUUGUACUGCGGAUGAAUGUGGCGGAUGCUGCAGCUAUUGUUGCUUUACGACCUUGUAUUGAGGCUCUCUUGAUCCACUCGUGCCAGAAUACUAGCAGUGUGCAGACGCUGAGUGAAGAAGAUGCUGAACUUGUAUCGUUAGUACGAGAACUUUGUGCUGGAAAGUUUAUGGCAACCAUUGAGCCGGCAAAGGAUCAUAUCCUGUCGGAUCAAGUCUCCGAGCAUGUUUCUGCACCGAGUACUCGAGGAUCUUUUCGUGGACGACCGAGAGGUGGAUUCAGUGGAGGCGGUGGAGAUGGAUGGAACAAUCGUGGAGAUAGAGGCGGAUUCAACCGAGGUGGCUUCCGCGGUGGAUAUAAUGGAAACUCGAAUAGUGGAGGGCCCAUGUUUCAACGUGGCCGUGGAGGUGGCGGUGGAGGUAGAGGCUUUCGUCCGUACGACCAAAGAGGCCGAGGCGGUGGCGGAUUUCGAGGUGGACCGAUGAGAGGUCGUGGAGGCGGUGGUGCUGGAUUUGAUGAUGGCGUGGCUCAGAUUGUUCGCGGAUGUUACGAGGAUUUCUUCGUCUCGACAAGACCGCCCGAAGAAGUCGAACAAUGCGAGUUCAGCAUCGGCAAUGAGACGACUCUCAUCGGGAUCACGUCAACGACAACUCCUGUGACAAGCGUUCGUUUUUGUGAUUGGAAUAAACAAGAUGGGAUUGAGGCGUGCAAUGGGAAGUUCUACACAGGAUCCACUCCAAAUGCGCCCGGCACACUGGCCGGCAAUCGAGAGCAGAUCGCGAUCUUUUGUAACAAAGAAGUGCGAACAGCAACGUUAACGUGCAAAUCGUGCUCUCGCUACAGUGGCAAUGGAGAGUGCUCACAUAAAACGAGCUCCACCUGUUCGACGGGACGAUAUUGUGUGAAAGUGAAGGGAAACGCUGGAAGCAAUCAAAUCGACGUGCGGGGUUGUGCUCAAAUUUCGCCAUACCCGAAAACGGGAUCUUAUUGCACACGGAUCAAAUCGCAAAUCGGAAACAACGCGAAUUUUGGACUAGAGCCGACAAAACAGGAGUUUGAUGGUAGA